CGAGAGAGACGCUGAAUCAGAGCAUUCGUGGAUGCGUAGCGGAGGCUCGAUUACUCUUCUUUCUCUCGGACCAUUCUUGUCGCCAGAGCCACGGCUCGGCCUUGGAGCGAUUAUUGAUUCCUUCCGUGGACGUGCAUGCGAGCGAUGGAGGGCGUGACUUUGAGGCAGCAGCCUUCGAUUGCUCUGAACUCGGCGACCUUGCCGUCUGGUGGCGUCUCCAAGCCUUUGAAGCCUUAUGCGAAUUUCCUCGCCACGACGCCUGCUGGGAAGUGGAGACGCUUAGCAUUGAGCAGCAAGCCAACCUCAUCCAUCAUUCAAAGAGUCGUCUCGCCCAACCGUGCUCAAGUCAGCACAUAUGAAGGCACGGAACUAGAUGCAAUCUCCAAUCUGAGCCAAAUUGUCCCUGACAGUGUUAUCUUCGAUGACUUUGAGAGAUUCCCCCCUCAAGCUGCGACAGUCAAUGCAUCACUUCUCCUGGGCAUAACUGGCCUUCCAAGAGCGAAAUAUCACAGCGCAAUCGACAGUGCUUUAGCCUACGGACGAUGCUACACCAUUCAGAGCACCCCGGAUAGGUUGUCGUGUUUCUUCAGCAAGGCUUUGGUGAACGUCGGAGCAGAGCUUGUGAAGCUUGUACCUGGACGAGUAUCUACAGAGGUUGAUGCGAGAUUGGCAUAUGAUACUCCAGGCAUUAUCGAGAAGGUCCAUGAGCUUUUGGCGUUAUAUGAUGAGGUUGAAGUUCCCAAAAAUCGGUUGCUCUUCAAGAUUCCCGGGACCUGGCAGGGAAUCGAAGCAGCCCGUUACCUUGAGGAGGAAGGGAUACAGACCCAUGUGACGCUGAUAUACAGCUUUGUACAAGCGGCUGUUGCGGCUCAAGCUGGUGUCUCCGUUAUCCAACUGUACAUUGGACGAAUUCGGGACUGGGCUAGAACUCAUUCGGUGACAUGAACGUUGAUCCCGUUUUACUUCGCGAGGAGAGAAUAGGAUGUUGCUCAAAUUGACCAAAAGUUGGGACAAGGUCAAGUUCGCAGAGUUUGGACAGUCCGCUAUGGGACCCAUGGCUGAAGAAUUGGUGGCAAGAGGUGUAGAGAGUAGUAUUGCUCAAACGAAACGCAUCGAGGAGCAUUUUGCCGAAAUGUGGUCGCCACCUAACGUUUAGUUAGAGUGGAAAUAUUUUGGAAAAAAUUGACAUGGCUAGAAGAAACUUUGGGGAGUACAUUAGCUAUAAGCUGAAUUGUAGAUUACUUGGAAAUUCGAUGUAUGUUAGAACGACGGAUUUCCCCGAUAUUUACGUGAAUCGAAUUCACGUGAAUGCAAUUUAUCACUUGAAGGAAGAAAGACAUUAACAGUUGUGAUUCAUUUGUGGCGAGAAAGUGUACUUCGUUUGUGGCGAGAAAGUGUACUUCAAUGGCACUUUGGCCGAUAAAUGGAGUUGACAAAAUUGUACAUUUGAUCUAUUAUAAUGGGGCGUUUCUCUAUAAUUACAUAAAUAUGGACCACAUUUUCUCUGC